GCGAAGCUAGGGUUUUGGAAACCCUUACCCUCCAUUGCCGUCGCCACUGCGGAGCUGAACCCUCCCCCUUCAACUCGGCAACCAUGGGUCCCAAGAGAGGCGGAAAGGCUGCGGUCGCGGGCAAGAAGAAGCAGGAGAAGGUGACGAACCCGCUGUUCGAGAAGCGGCCGAAGCAGUUCGGGAUCGGGGGCGCCCUGCCCCCGAAGAGGGACCUGACCCGGUUCGUCAAGUUCCCGAAGACCGUCCAGAUUCAGCGGAAGAGGAGGAUUCUGAGGCAGAGGCUGAAGGUCCCGCCGGCUCUUAACCAGUUCACCAAGACGCUCGACAAGAACUUGGCAACCAACCUAUUCAAGAUGCUUCUCAAGUACAGGCCCGAGGACAAGGCUGCAAAGAAGGAGCGGCUCUUGAAAGAGGCUCAGGCAAAGGCAGAAGGCAAAACUGUUGAGGCCAAAAAACCAAUUGUUGUGAAAUAUGGGCUUAAUCACGUCACUUACCUCAUCGAGCAGAAUAAGGCACAGUUGGUGGUUAUUGCUCAUGACGUUGAUCCGAUCGAGCUGGUUGUGUGGCUCCCAGCAUUAUGCAGGAAAAUGGAAAUUCCAUACUGCAUUGUGAAGGGCAAGGCACGCUUGGGAACGAUUGUCCAUAAGAAAACUGCAUCUGCAUUGUGCCUGACGACGGUGAAAAACGAGGACAAGCUGGAGUUCAGCAAAAUCUUGGAAGCCAUUAAGGCUAACUUCAAUGACAAGUAUGACGAGUACAGGAAGAAGUGGGGUGGUGGAAUCAUGGGUUCUAAAUCCCAGGCCAAGACCAAGGCAAAAGAACGGGUUCUUGCCAAGGAAGCUGCCCAGAGGAUGAAUUAGGGUUGAUAUCGAGCAUUUGCUUUUCCUUAGGAUCAAGCUCUCUUGAGUCUUUUAUCCUGGUUUUUGGUUUGUGCCCUUGAUAUAAGAGUAGACGCAGAAGUUUUGGUUUCUUCGUGGAAGGUUGGGAUCUAAAAUAUUCCUUGAGACAUCGAUUGUUGGCUUAAACUUGAAGUUUUAAUGUACUGUAGCCUUCUUCUUUUACGGGAGACUUGUCUUGAUGCC